UAUAUAUCCUUAUAUGCUGAACAUCGUGCCACACAGCCAGCCUCCAGUACUGGUCUGCGGUUUAAGCUCAAGAUCUGAGAAAUUUCUUGUUUCGGGUGUAAAUUUUCGCCUAGACUCUGAGUUGGAUCAGAUCUUUGUGUCUUUUCUUCCCAUACCCUGAAUUGGGUCUUCCAUUUUUUCUCUGUAAAUGGACUCUGUGAAGGAAUGGGGGAACACACCCCUGAAUGAGGUGGAUUCCGAGAUCUUUGAUCUGAUAGAGAAGGAGAAGAGAAGGCAAAGCAGAGGGAUUGAGCUCAUAGCUUCUGAGAAUUUCACCUCCUUGGCAGUCAUUGAAGCUCUAGGAAGCCCCCUAACCAAUAAGUACUCAGAGGGCAUGCCAGGUAACAGAUACUAUGGAGGCAAUGAGUUCAUAGAUAUCAUUGAGAACCUGUGUAGAUCAAGGGCUCUGCAGGCUUACAGGCUAGAUCAAGAGAAGUGGGGUGUUAAUGUGCAGCCCUACUCCGGGAGUCCUGCUAAUUUUGCAGCAUAUACUGCAUUGCUCAACCCACAUGAUAGGAUAAUGGGGCUGGACCUGCCUUCUGGUGGGCAUCUUACUCACGGAUACUAUACCUCUGGAGGUAAGAAGAUCUCUGCAACAUCAAUUUACUUUGAGAGCUUGCCUUACAAGGUUAGCCAGGAAACUGGGUUUAUUGAUUAUGAAAAAUUGGAGGAGAAAGCCUUGGACUUUAGGCCCAAGCUUAUCAUCUGUGGAGGCAGUGCAUAUCCCAGGGAUUGGGAUUAUGCUAGGUUGAGGUCCGUUGCCGACAAAUGCGGAGCUAUGCUUUUGUGUGAUAUGGCUCACAUCAGUGGCCUGGUUGCUGCUCAGGAAGCUGCAAACCCAUUUGAUUAUUGUGAUUUGGUCACCACAACUACCCACAAGAGUUUGAGGGGUCCAAGAGCGGGCAUGAUCUUCUACAGGAAAGGACCAAAGCCUCCCAAGAAGGGACAGCCAGAGGAUGCUGUCUAUGAUUAUGAGGAUAAAGUCAACUUUGCUGUAUUCCCAUCUCUUCAGGGAGGGCCACACAACCACCAGAUUGCAGCAUUGGCUGUGGCUCUUAAGCAGGUAAUGACCCCUGGGUUUAAGGCCUAUGCUAAGCAGGUUAAGGCAAAUGCUGUUGCCCUUGGGAACUACUUGAUGAACAAGGGAUACAAACUUGUUACGGAUGGAACAGAAAAUCACCUAGUUCUAUGGGAUCUCCGACCCCUGGGAUUGACUGGAAACAAGGUUGAGAAAGUUUGUGAUUUAUGUAACAUAACAAUCAACAAGAAUGCUGUUUAUGGUGACAGUAGUGCUCUUUCUCCCGGAGGUGUACGCAUUGGUGCCCCUGCAAUGACUUCCAGAGGUCUCAAAGAAGCUGAUUUUGAGAAGAUUGCAGAGUUCCUGCACCAGGCUAUCAACAUCACCUUAUCCGUCCAGAAGGAACACGGGAAACUUCUUAAGGACUUCAACAAAGGUCUUGCAAACAACAAAGAUAUGGAAAAUCUGAAAGUUGAAGUUGAGAAAUUCUCUGCUUCAUUUGACAUGCCUGGUUUUGAUGUAACUACAAUGAAGUAUCAUGAUUAAGUGUACUGAAAUGGCAUAAUGCCAUUCGUUUUAUGGUUUUGAUGCACUGUUUCAAGUCUCAAAUUUAGUAGUAGAGGGAGCUAUGCGCAUGAUUUGAUGGAUAAAAGUUACUGCUAACCAGUGUUAUGAUCCUCGUAUUUGAGGAUUUGCGUUGCUGGUGUAGUUAACAUAAGUGAGAUGAAGGUAACAGUAAAAUAUAUUUUGCUGAUUUUUUCAGUUAGUGUGGGGGAAAGUUGGCUAAUAAUUUCAUUGGUUAUGUAUUUUUGGUUUUGAAAUGAAAUAACAAGAAAUCCUCCUGUAAAAGAGGGACUAUUUACUUGUUUGUA